AUGACAGACCAACAUGGCGCCAGAACAGCGCCAUUUUACCAAAUACCUUCACGUCGCAUCGUCAGCGUCGAGCAUCCAGCCAUUAUCAGAAACCUUGACAAGGCCGUCGACACGCUGAAAGGUGAUGCGGGCAUAACCAAAAUAUUACAUCCCCCCAAGCCUGACAGCCCGGCUCAUCUGCUUCUGCGGCCGGAGGAUGCCAUGUCCAGGCCGCUCCAGUCGACCAGCUUACCGUCCAACAACAUCCUUCUAAAGGUGACGGUACCAAAGAGGACAGGUCGCAAGCGGAAGAAGGGCUCGAAUGAGCCCUUUAGCGGCGUUGCCGUGUCCACGGUGCAUACGGAGCCGCACCGACGCAGUGCUCGAGAACUGCUACGGAGUCUGAGUGACAAUGCAUCCAGGUAUCAGGUCGAGCCGGUGGGCUUGGUUAACCGGACACAUGUGUUUCGGGGAAUGCCGGACUUUGUCUUCUCUACGGGCUCCAGUUCCUUUGCCAACCGAUUCCGGGAGCAGAUAUUGCCAUUUGACUACGACAAAAUGAAGCAAUUCGACCUCGACAUGAGCAAAGGUGCUAUCACCGACGUGGACAUCAUCCCUCCACCGUCCUUCAGCUUCGGAGACAUCCCCUUCACCUACAUCUACCGCCAAAACCCCACCGUCCGACAAGCCAUCGACAACUCGGGCAACAUAACAACAGUAAACACGCAACGCGUGGUAAAAGUCCUAACCCACCUCGUAUCCUACGACAUCGCUACGGUCCCAACCUCCCCGCGCACGAACUGCCCACCCAUCCACACACUCGACAAAACGCUCCAAGAAACCAUCACCGCCGUGGAAACCCUCUUCCAACAACGCCCCGCCUGGACACGCCGCGGCCUACGCAACUCCCUACCGACAAUCGAACAACGCUACGCCCUCCGCCACGCAAUCCCCUACGUCGGGUACAUCUUCCGCUCGGGGCCCUGGCGCGACGCCAUAAUCAAAUACGGACACGACCCACGCACCGACCCCUCCUACCGAAUCUACCAAACAGCCAUGUUCCGAAUCCUACCCCGAGAAGCCGAAGUCGCACGAGACGGGUACACAGGCCGUCGUCACGCCGUCGCCCGCGCCGGCGAAGUACCCCAAUACCUCGACGAAACUCAUAAUCACCAACACCCAGACCAACCUACGGAAACCCAACAACUCCCCACAACAACCCACCUGUUCACAGGGUGUUUGCCGCUCCCGCGCGACGGACGCAUGUGGAUGUUCUGCGACGUGACGGACCCCACACUCCGGAGGAUCUUAUUCCCAUCGGAUCCGCCUCCGGCCGGGUUCCUGCGUGAGGAAUGUGAUAUUUUGACGGAUGGGUGGUUCGGGAAUGGGACGUUGGCGAAGACGAAGACGAUUAUGCGGGCGAAGGUGCUUGCGCUGUUGGAUGAUAAGAUGUUGGAUGAUGAGGUCGAGUUUGCGAAUAUUGUCAAGUUGCCGGAUCAUGCUACGCCGGAGUCGGUCAUGGUGGACUUUUGGCUUGAUCCGGCGGUGGCGUCGCAGAGGGAGAUGAUGAUGGCGACGGAGGUGAGGGGGAUUAUUAAGGGGGCGCCGGCGUGGAAGGAGAGGGUUGGUGGUGCUGCUGCUGGGAAGAAGGGGGUGGUGGGGAGGGAGGAGGUUGGGGAGGAGGGUAAUAGGAAGGGGAAGAAGAGGGCGGAUCGGAGGGUGCAGUUUCAGGAUGAGGUGGGUGGUGAUGGGGAUGGGGAUGGUGGCGGGGAGAUGUUGAGUGAGGGGGAGGAAGAGGCGUUUGAGCAGGAGGAGUUGGCGGAGGCUGUGGCGGAAGCGGCGGCAGUGUCGGGUGGGGGACAGGUGGAUGAUGAGGAUGAAGAUGUGGACGAGGAUGAGGAACAGUCUGAUGAGGAUGACGGCGGGGAAGAUGAGGAUACGGAGAUGGGUGGCGUUGAGACUACAAGAGCUACGAGACGAAGAGCUUAA